AUGAAAUCCUUGACUCUCAAAAUUUCCAGAACCCAUUCAUCAUCUUCCCGAACCCAACUAAACAAACCUCUAAUUGAGAAAACUUUCUUCAAGUCCAACACCAAAGACGGCCUCAUAAGCCGCUUGUGCAAGGACGGAAAAUUCAAAGAAGCCAUAGACAUUCUUUGCGAGCAAAAGCGCUUGGCAGAAGCGGUUCAGUUGCUCAACCGAAUAGAUAGGCCCUCUGCUUCUAUAUACUCGACCCUGUUGCAGCUUUGUCUUCAACAACGAGCUCUUGUGCAGGGCAAAUUGGUCCAUGCCCACACAAAAGUGUCUGGGUUCGUGCCCGGGCUGUUCAUUUGUAAUCGUUUAAUUGACUUGUAUGCAAAAUGUGGGAGUCUUCUGGAUGCCCAGAAGGUUUUUGAUGAAAUGUCUGAGAGAGAUUUGUGUUCUUGGAAUACUAUGAUUUCUGGGUAUGCCAAAGUAGGGCAGGUUGGUGAAGCUAGGAAACUGUUUGAUGAAAUGCCUGAGAAAGAUAAUUUUUCUUGGACCGCAAUGAUAUCAGGGUAUGUUCACCAUGAAAGGCCUAAAGAGGCUUUGCAGUUGUAUAGGACGAUGCAAAGGCACGAUAAUUCAAAGUCUAAUAAGUUCACAGUGUCUAGUGCUCUAGCUGCUUCAGCAGCCAUCCAGAGUUUAAGAUUGGGGAAGGAGAUUCAUGGUUAUAUAAUGCGAACUGGGUUGGACUCGGAUGAGGUGGUUUGGAGUGCCUUGUCAGAUAUGUAUGGAAAAUGUGGGAGUAUAGACGAAGCUAAGCGCAUUUUUGAUAAGAUGGUGAAUCGAGAUGUUGUUUCGUGGACAGCCAUGAUUGAUAGAUAUUUUGAGGAUGGGAAGAGGGAAGAGGGAUUUGCUUUGUUCUCGGACUUGAUGAAGUCGGGCAUUAGGCCGAAUGAGUUCACCUUUGCAGGGGUUUUGAAUGCCUGCGCUCAUCAUGCCGCUGAGAACCUGGGCAAGCAGGUUCAUGGGUACAUGACACGGAUAGGAUUUGACCCCUUGUCGUUUGCAUCAAGUGCCCUUGUUCAUAUGUAUUCGAAGUGUGGAAAUACAGUGAAUGCAAAUAAGGUGUUUAAAGGGAUGCCCCAUCCAGAUGUGGUUUCAUGGACUUCCCUGAUCGUCGGAUAUGCUCAGAAUGGUCAACCUUAUGAGGCUCUUCAGUUGUUUGAAUUGUUACUUAAAUCAGGUACUAAGCCUGAUCACAUUACUUUUGUAGGUGUUCUUUCCGCUUGUACUCAUGCUGGCUUAGUUGAAAAGGGACUUGAAUAUUUCCAUUCAAUUAAGGCAAAACAUGGUUUACCACAUACUGCGGAUCACUAUGCCUGUGUAGUUGAUUUAUUGGCUCGAGCUGGCCGAUUUGAAGAGGCUGAGAAUUUUAUCAAUGAAAUGCCAAUGAAGCCGGAUAAGUUCUUGUGGGCUUCCUUAAUUGGUGGUUGUCGAAUUCAUGGAAACCUCAAGCUGGCAAAGCGAGCUGCAGAAGCAUUGUUUGAGAUAGAACCUGAGAAUCCUGCUACUUAUAUUACUCUAGCCAACAUUUAUGCUACUGGUGGCAUGUGGGAUGAAGUAACAAAGGUCAGAAAAACAAUGGAUGAAAGAGGGUUAAUAAAGAAACCAGGUUUGAGUUGGAUUGAGAUCAAGAGGGAGGUGCAUGUUUUCUUAGUAGGAGACAAGUCCCACCUGAGAUAUGAUGAAAUACAUUUCUUUUUGCAUGAGCUUUCAAAGAGGAUGAAGGAAGAAGGGUAUGUCCCUGACACAAAUUUUGUGCUGCAUGAUGUUGAGGAGGAGCAGAAAGAGCAGAACCUCUCCUACCACAGUGAGAAGCUUGCAGUUGCGUUUGGCAUCAUUUCUACUCCACCAGGAACACCAAUCAAGAUUGCUAACAGAAAAAUAAUAGUGCGGGAUUCAAAUCGGUUCCAUUGUUUUGAGGAUGGGAACUGCUCAUGUCGUGACUAUUGGUGA